CGCCGGUUCGGAUCCCGGCGUGCACCGAUGCACUGCUUGGCAAGCUAUGCUGUGGCGGCGUCCCAUAUAAAGUGGAGAAAGGCGGGCACGGAUGUUAGCCCAGGGUCAGUCUUCCUCAGCAAAUAAAGAGGAGGAUUGGCAGAUGUUAGCACAGGGCUGAUCUCCUCACCAAAAAAAAAAAAAAAAGGAGUUACAGGGCAGAGUGAGCCAUUCAGAGUUUUUGAAGAAAGCAUAUAAAGCCUCUGGUCUAGGAAACUGGAAUCUUCCAUCUCUGGUUUAAUCACUCCAGAGAGCAGCAUGCCAGGGAAGGAGAGACCCACAAUGGACAGCCAAGGGGUCAGGCUUUGGGUCCUGCAUUUUCCAGAACAUCUGUGACAGCCCUGGUGUUGGAAGGUCUGACUGCAAUCUUGACUGUGCAACAGGCGAGGCAGCCGGUUCAGACCAAACCCUCUGCCUCUCGUUUGUGUGGGGGCCACAGGGCAACCUAGGACGCCUAAAGGACCCUGCCAGUCCUGGAGGGAAGCUGGAAACCAACGUGACACCUCGCCACCGCACCUGGCCGUAGGAGUUCUGAGCUCCCUGCCUGCUUGCUGGGGAGAGGCUUGGAAGAGGUCCCACAGCUGCUUGUCCUGCGUUUUGUCCGUGUGCUGGUUGACCACGGCAAGGCUCUUGCCUCAGGCUGGCUCUAAGUCACUCCUCCUGUGUUAGGCGGUGAGCCCUGCCGUGUGUAAGGAGGCCAGAGCAAAUGGCCCCCGUCCUAGAUCCUUUUAUCCCAGAGUCAUUUGCUAUUUCAGAAUUGAGCUGAAGCAGCAGUUUGAAGUAGACCUUCCUUUUUCAUCAGAAAUGGAGAGUUAUGGUGUUAGUUGUCUCCCUCCCCCCACAGUGAGGUUCUCCAGGAGAGAAGCAUCUCGUACAGUGCCGCAUUCACUGUAGCUCCUCAGCGUAGGCCCAGGACACACACUGAGUGUCUGUCCUUGAUGACCUCUUAGGGGCAGAGCAUGGCCCUGGCGUAGCUGGAACGACCUUUCCCAACACAGUGUGCCCUCUUGACCUGGAUGUUAGAAAUGCUUUCCCCAGGUGGAGAAAUGAGCACAGGACUUGUCUGUCUUCUGGCUCCAGAUCAGACACGGUACAUCAGUGUUUCUAGAGUGGAGGCCCCCUGAGCCCUGGGCUCUGAGAUAAGAGUCUACACUGCACCCCAAGCUCUCUCCUCCCUGUGGCAACUCUCCCUUAUCUGGAUCACCCUGGGCAGGAAGGCACAGGGUGGCCAGUGAGGAGACAAGUGUACAGCUACACCUUGAAAAGGGGUGAGCUCAGCAGUUUGCACACAUUGUAUCCAAAUCUGCUCUCACCUACACCACAGCCAUUCCCGCUUCUCCAUGCUAUCUGGUCCUGUGCAUCCCUCAGUUCAUGUCAUAUCAGUGGGUCUGCUUGCCUUGCACAUCUUGAAAGUUUCUUCCUAAUGGAAACUGGAGGUUAAAGUGUUCAGAAUAAGGGAAGGGCCGGCAGCCGUGCUGUGAGGAAGGUGAUUAGCAUGCUGCAGUUAGUGCUGUUGCUUCGCCCUUUCCACAGCCCUGAGGGGGCAGGGGGUUCUAGAGGUUGAGGGGUGCAGCCUAGCAAACCUGGGCCAGUCGGGAGAGGCCCCCAUGAGCCUUAAUGAGCAGCUCCUCAGGGCACUGCCAGUUCCAGCUGUUCCUUCCUUUAAAAGCAAACUGCAACUUGUUUCUCUCCUGAAUUUCAUAGAGCAUGCCAAGAAAUGACAGCAUGUGCCUUCAGUCUGUGCUUCUCAUGCCUUUUACCUUGUAAUUCUGGUGAUUUUACAACCCUAAUCUUGGGGAUUGCUUCCGAAGGGCGACUGAUAGAAGCUUCCAGGUUUUCAGAUGUCAUUCUGGCAACAAUUUUGGCAACCAAGUCUGAAAUGUGUGGCCAGAAAUUUGAACUGAAGAUCGAUAAUGUGCGGUUUGUUGGGCACCCGACACUGCUGCAGCAUGCUCUGGGGCAGGUCUCAAAAACAGAUCCAUCCCCGAAGAGGGAAGCUCCCACCAUGAUUCUUUUUAAUGUGGUGUUUGCGCUGAGGGCCAAUGCAGACCCGUCGGUGAUAAGCUGUCUGCACAACCUUUCCCGACGCAUCGCCACCGUGCUGCAGCACGAGGAGCGCCGCUGCCAGUACCUGACUCGGGAGGCCAAGCUGAUCCUGGCGCUGCAGGACGAGGUGUCUGCCAUGGCUGAUGCAAAUGGCGGUCCUCAGUCCCCAUUCCAUCACAUCCUGCCCAAGUGCAAGCUGGCCAGGGACCUCAAGGAAGCCUACGACAGCCUGUGCACCUCGGGCGUGGUGCGGCUCCACAUCAACAGCUGGCUGGAGGUGAGCUUCUGCCUGCCGCACAAGAUCCACUAUGCUGCUGCCAGCCUCAUCCCCCCCGGGGCCAUCGAGCGCAGUCUGAAAGCCAUCCGCCCUUACCACGCCCUGCUGCUGCUCAGUGACGAGAAGGCCCUACUGGGCGAGCUCCCGCUAGACUGCUCUCCGGCCCUGGUGCGCGUGAUCAAGACCACGUCUGCUGUGAAGAACCUGCAGCAGCUGGCCCAGGAUGCAGACCUGGCCUUGCUGCAGGUUUUCCAGCUUGCGGCUCACCUGGUGUACUGGGGCAAGGCCAUCAUCAUCUACCCGCUGUGUGAGAACAACGUCUACAUGCUUUCUCCCAAUGCCAGCGUGUGUCUGUACUCUCCGCUGGCUGAGCAGUUCUCCCGCCAGUUCCCGUCUCAUGACCUGCCAUCUGUCCUUGCCAAGUUCUCCUUGCCCGUCUCCUUGUCAGAAUUUAGGAACCCCCUCGGCCCCCCUGUGCAGGAGACCCAGCUCAUCCAGAUGGUGGUGUGGAUGCUGCAGCGCCGGCUCCUUGUCCAGCUGCACACCUAUGUCUGCCUGAUGGCCUCACCUGGCGAGGACGAGCCCCGCCCUUGGGAGGACGACGUCCCCUUCACCACUAGGGUUGGCGGCCGCAGCCUCAGCACACCCAACGCCCUCAGCUUUGGUUCCCCAACCAGCAGUGACGACAUGACCCUCACUAGCCCCAGCAUGGACAACUCCAGUGCAGAGCUGCUCCCCAGUGGGGACUCACCGCUGAACAAGAGGAUGACAGAGAACCUGCUGGCUAGCCUGUCGGAGCACGAGCGGGCGGCCAUCCUCAGUGUGCCCGCAGCCCAGAACCCAGAGGACCUCCGCAUGUUUGCCAGGCUCCUGCACUACUUCCGCGGCCGCCACCACUUGGAGGAGAUAAUGUACAACGAGAACACGCGACGCUCCCAGCUGCUCAUGCUCUUUGACAAGUUCCGCAGUGUGCUGGUGGUGACCACCCAUGAGGACCCAGUCAUCGCCGUCUUCCAGGCACUGCUCACGUGA